AGAGAGAGGGCCAGCGCUGAGGAGAGGCAGAAAAUGUCAACUUUCCUUUUGGGAAUCAAAAUAUGUUCACAGCAAAUGUUUUCCCCCUUCUUAAUCGUUUGAUUUAACUUAUCCUAGACUACAAGAAAUGGAUCGGUCCACCUGCAGCUCGACCUGUGUCAAACUUUAUCUGUGCUCCAACCCAGAAGAUAGCGUGGUGGAGCGCAGAGCUCUGAGGGAGAACGUGUUUCCCAAACUUCGGGAGCUCUGCAGACACACACUGGGGCUGGAUCUCAGGGUAAUAGACCCAUUUGAGUCCAGUGAUUCCAGUCGUUGGCCGGAUAUAAAAAUCAGACAGCAGCUUAUCAAAGAAUGCAGAGAGAGCUCCGCUGGACCUUUUCUACUGGCUCUGAUAGGACACCAGUAUGGCACAGCCAGCCUGCCCACCCAGGUGGAGGUGUCAGAGUACCAGCUGCUGCUACAGGAGAGCCAGCAGGCGGGGGUCAGCACCACGGAGCUGGAGAGGGAGUACCAGAGAGACGAGAACAGCAUCCCUCCCUCCUACUGCCUGAGAGCUGCACACACGCACACCUGCUGCCCUCAGGCUAGAGAGAAAGAAGAGAUCCAGAUGAAGACUAAAGAAGAAGGGCUGGGGAAGAUGAUUCAGACCACCGUGAGUCUGUGUGUCCACAAAGGUCUCAUGACUCAGGAGAAAGGCCGGAGCUACUUCAGAUCAGCCCUCGACUUAGAUCUUAGAUUUGCUCUGGAUAACUGUCCUGAUAGUGACAUCAUCAGUCGCUGCCUGGUUUACAUCCACAAGGUCAUCAAUGCAAACGGACAGAGGCUGGUGAGGUCAAAAAAACAGCAACAGUUCGAGGCUGCUGCUUUGGAGCUGGAAACAACCCCGACUGAUGGAAAAUUACUUUCCGAGCUUUGUGACAACUUCCUCCCCGGUCUCAUCACUUCCUCUCAGCUUCUCGUCUAUACCACCGCCACAGAGUGUGACCUUCGCCAUGGUUACACAACAGCAAGGAGGCGGGGCUACGCUGAGUCUCUGUGCCAGCAGGUGUACUGUGACCUCUCGGGGGUUAUUGGCAGCAUUCGCAUAUUAGAGAUCAGUGAAGACCCUCCCGGUGAUGCUUUGUUCAGAGAGCAGCUUGAGCAGGAGGAGCUAUGUGACAUCCUGUCCACUUUUUAUGACAUCACGAGACCAGAGGAGGAAGAGAUCCGAGUAUAUGUGGAGCAGAGUGAACAACAGUGUCCAUUAGUGGUGACAGGAGGACCAUGCACCGGGAAGACAGUUCUGCUGGCACACUGUGCUAAGAAGAUGAAGUCCUGGUUACCAGACUCUGAUCCCGUGGUGAUCACUUAUUUUUUCAGCCUGUCAAUCAAGCCUUCCCAGAAGCACAUGUUGUUGAGUUUGUGUCAUCAGAUUGCUGCUCAAUAUAAAAGCAAAUCUUCCUCAAAGCAAAAACUCUGGGACCUUGAAGAUUCAGGCAGUAGCAACAACCACAGUGACAAAAACUCCAACGUCCUGACAUCUAAUUAACCCCACCCCGAGCAAACCACCAAAGAGCAUGUUUCUGACCACGGCCUAAGUACCACAUCAUCCCUGGAUCUUUCUGGCAUCAUGAAACCUGAUAUUUGUCUAUCGGAGCUUAAAGAACGUCUCUCAUCCCUCCUCUCCAUCAUGCCUUCAACCAAUCAGCCUCUUAUUCUAAUCCUGGUUGGCCUGGAUCGCAUUGAAAAAACAUUUGGACUUGAAAUCAGUAAGAUCCUCCCCUCGCCUCUACCUCCCAGCGUCAAACUCAUCCUCUCAGUCUCCACUAACCGAACACAGGUACUGCAGGGGUUCAACCAACAAAGUCCAACUUCAUCAGUGUCAGGGGACGAUGAGAAGAAGUCAGGAUAUGUGUGUUUGCAGCUGGGACCGGUAGACAGGAAGCAAUGUUCAAAGAUGUUGGCAUCGCUGCUGAAAGGUUCCGGGAGGAGAGUGACAUCAGGACAACAGGCGCUGGUGAACCAGGCGCUGACUUCUUGCUGUCUGCCUCUCUACGCUCGACUUCUGCAUCACCACACCUCGCUGUGGCAUUCUGAUUCAGAUGUGACCAUAUCGUCUCUUCCUGAUUUCGUCCAUUCAUCCAUUUCUGCAUUGCUGGAUCAUCUGGAGCACAAACACGGCCGCUCUAUCGUGGCCCGUGCCAUACCUUACCUUACCCUCUCAAGGACUGGACUCACUGAGGCCGAGCUCGCUGAUCUGCUGUCCAGUGAUGCCGAAGUGCAGUCUGAACAUUCCUCCAAUACAAAGGUCCUGCAAGUUGAUGUGGACAGACUUCUGCUGGAUUUGAGGGAGUUUCUUAUAAGAAGGACAGUUGGAGGGUCGAAGGUUUUGUUCUGGGUGUGCAGACAUUUCAAGCUGGUAGCUGCUAGGAAGUAUUUUGGUUCUCCUGAGCUAAAGAGAGAGAUUCAUUUAGAGAUGGUGGACUAUUUCAGUGGCAAAUCUAAAACCAACAAUAAAGUCGCCCAAAUGGAAACACCUUUGAACAGGCAGCAAUCCAGCAAACCAUUCAUGUUCACCUCUUCUUCCCAAAACAUUGGCAGAGUUAACUUGAGGAAAGUCUCAGAACUGCCGCUUCACUUGCAAGAAAGUAACAAAUGGGAGGAGUUGGAGCAUGGGCUGCUUUUGUCUUUGGGGUUCCACCAGACUAUGAUCCAAGCAGGACUUCUUAGAGAUCUGGUAGCCAUGUUGGAACAUGAGGAAGGAACAUUGCACUUCGGGUUUUGGAAGGAAAAAGCAAUCCUAGCAAGCAUUUUGAAGUCUUGUUCGUGUUCAUUGCAGAGCUCGCUAAUGCAGCUGCCGACGCUGAUGGAGACGAGCCUUGUUCCUUAUCUUGAGGUCUUUCCUGCUCUUGAAUGUUAUGUCAGCGAGAUCAGAGAGGAGAGGAAGAAAAGAGGGCGUGGUUUGGGGGUAGUGCUUUGCCCUGCUCCUUCCUCAGUUCCCUCAGUUCAGUGUUCAAAGCGCGAUGCCAAAUGCAAAGACGUCUCUGUUAGAGAAGCAGCUGUCACAGAGUGCGGGGUUGUAGUAGAGGUGAUGGAUGAUGGCACGGCUUGGGUUUGUAAAGGCCAGUGGAGUGAUGUAGUGAAACUAUCACUAAGUCCUGAGCAGCAGGAUCUUAAGUUUGCAGGAGUGAAGAGUAGCACUCCAUUCAUACUGCUUUCCACACUGUGCAACAAGCUUUUCUUGUGGGAUGUAUCAGGCCCUCAAAUGUUCCUUCAGGUCAAGGACCCUUUGAAAACAGAGUCAGGUCAACCAAAACUGAACAAGCUUGAGGGGUUUGUUGCAAGUACAAAAAAGCUGUUCGUGUGGUGGGAAGAGGAGAGUUUUGUCAGUGUGUUCGAUAUCUUCUGCGACACCACGACUCAUUUCCAGUGUCAGGGCCGUGUGAGCUGUUUGGCUUGCUCCUCUGAUAGCGUUUACAUGUACUGUGGCCAGGAGGAGGGCAAAGUAUCCAUAUUUGACACUAACAACGGUAGUCUCCUCAGCAUGUGUUCAAACUCAGACAACAUUGCGGUCACCUCAAUAAUCCUCUGUGAGGAUACGUCGGAAAUGGCAUGUGUUGACAAGACAGGGAACGUUACCCUGUGGGAAUUGGUUGCCAAAUCUGAACCACCUGUACUUGUCAAAGAAAUCUGCUCUGGAGGUGAAUCUAUUACCAUCCUUAAUACAGAUUACUCAGAUGAACACAAUACUCUGUUGGUGUGUCACUCUCACCAGGUUACACUGUGGGGAACGCAUGACUGGGAGCUGUGGGACAGACUCUUGGCUCCCCAGGGAAGGGCCUUCACUCAAGCUCUGCUCUCCCAUGAUGGCCACCUUUUCCUGGCUCUGUUAGACGACUGCCCCUUCAUCUUGGUGUGGAGGGUCAGCACAGGGGAGUGUGUUCUUUCCUUAGACACAAACAGGCAGCCUCAUUCACUCCUCAAAACAGCCUCAGAUGUUAUUUGUGUCGCUGAUGACGGCUGUCUCACAGUGUGGGACUCUGAGAUGAUAGAGACUGCUGGUACAGCUCCAAAAAUGGGUUCAGGAGUGAAAGAAGUGGUAGUCGAAGGUACGGGGGAGUGGUUCUACACCGCUAAUGGGUCAGAGAUGGUGUGGAGAUGGGGGUUAAGAACAGGACUUCCGCAUGCUUUCUUCCUUCAUGAUGGCCCUGUGGAAAAACUGCACCUUUCUCCAGACAAUGUCCACCUUGUGACGCUCUCAGGCGGCGAAAUCUACAUUUGGCAGACAGAAACGGGUCAGAACAUUCUGCGUAUCAGUGGAAGCGGAGCGAAAAACAUCCUGAUCACUCCAAAUAGUCUUCUUGGCGUGAGUAUUUCUGAUCAAUAUCUGUCCCGUGUUUGGAAGCUGUCACAUGGGAGUAUUGUGUGCAGUAUACGUCUGUAUCUGUCUGAUGCACAGGUGUCACCUGAAAGCACCUUCCUUAUCGGCCGUCACAAAGGAGACUUGUUAGCGGCCAGUCUGUGGACGGGCUCAAUAAGUAAGCGCUUUUCCUGUGUGACGAGCUCUGAGUGUGUCGUUGCCUUCUCAACACUUUCAGAGCACCCCGACUUUGUGGUGGUAAUGGCCGCCUCAGGUGCAGUGUACACGUGGAAAGUAGUGGAGGAGACUGUGUGCAGGCACUUUCAGCUGCCUCAUACGUUUCUAUGUCAGCCUCAAGACUUCCACAUGUCCUCUAAUGGGAACUAUGCCCUGCUGUCCAUUAAAGAUGAUGCUAUAAACAUCUUGGAUCUAUCUCAGGUCAGGCUGUCCUCCCUCAAGGCAAAUGGUCCAGUCAUCAAAGCUUGUUUGGAUAACACUGGAUGCUAUGUUGCCUACAUAUUCCGUCCAAACAACCAGGAGGAAAGCUGUGUCUGUUCUCUUCAUGCGAGGCUCGUCCUCACAGUCGUACGACUCGCAGACGGGGAACGAAUAGGAAGCGCAAGUCUGUGUAAGAAUCCGUCCACUGUGGUUAUGUGCAAGCAGCAGCAGCGUGUGUUUGUGGGCUUUCAGGACGGCUCUGUGGGUGUUUACUCUAUAUGUGAUGUCUUGAUGAACAAGGACGAGUCGGUCAGUUGCAGAGAAAAAGUGAAUGGACAAAUGAAGCAAUGCCCCUUUGACAGGGCACCAUUCAGCUGGUCACACCUAACAGCCCCUAAUGUGACGUGGACAUAGGACAGUUACCCCGACUUUGAUGGACUUUGAUUGAAAAUAAUGUUUUUUUCAAAAAUAAAUGUGACAGCAUACAAAGACAACAAUGUAAUGCAUUCAGGUGUAUUAAAUGGUUAUAUUUCUA